AUGGCGUUCUGGGGCGUGGAGGUGAAGCCCGGGAAGCCGUACACCCACAGCUACAACCUUUCCCAUGGCCGUCUCCGCAUUUGCCAGGCCACAUUGGGAAGCUGCGAUGCUGCUACAAGGACAGUGGUGCAAUGCAUUGUGGGCAACAAGAAACCCAUCAUACUUUGUAGUUUGAAUCCUAAAUUGGCUGAGAUGUGCCAUCUCGAGAUUGAGUUGGAGGAGGUCGAUGAGGUUCUGUUUUCAGUACUUGGCCAGAGUUCUGUGCAUCUCUCAGGAUAUUACCUCCGGCCAGGCAGAAGGGGCAAUGCAGGGGAGGAAGACUCAGAAUCUUAUGGAGAGGAUGUUGGAGAGUCUGAUACAGACCAAGACUAUGAAGGGAGUGAGGACAGUUACGAAUCUGACUUCAUUGAUGAUGGUGACAAUGAAGUACCCGAGGACAAUGAUGUUUCUGAUUCUAUGGAUGAUGGUGAUGUAUGCUCAACCCCCGAUCACUGCAAGCAAGAUUCUGAAAAGCAUGCUCGUAAGGUUAAAAGACAGUGGCGCUUAAAGAAGAAGCAACAAGUUGACAGCUCCGCUGACAAGAUUGCUGAUUCUCCAUCAAAGCCUGCUGCCAGGUGCAAACGUGGCUCAAUAUUUGAUAGUGCCAGUGAAGAUGAGGACUUUUUGGCCCAGAGUGAAGAAGAAAACUUGCCUACGCCUGUUUCCUUGGCUAAGAAAACUAAUGGUAAAGUUUCAGAGGAAAUCAAACCUGGAAAUGUUACGUCAAAUGACGAAGCCAAAAAACGGAGUAACAGUGAUAAGAAAAGAAAAAGUGAUGCCAUCAAUGAGGAUCCUGCAUCUCCAAUGGAUGUAACAGAGGUCAAUGGAUUAUCGGUUCCAAAACAGGAAGCUGAGAUAAAAAAGAAAUCCAAGAAAAAGAAGAAAACUCUAGAGGCAGAAGAUGGAAAGCAUUCGAACAACAUAAGAACAUUGGAAGAUGGGCUGGUCAUAGAAGAUCUGUCAGCAGGAAACCAAGAUGCCAAAGUGGCUUCAGAGGGCAACAAGGUUUAUAUCAAUUAUGUUGGCAAGCUGCAGGAUGGAAAAACUGUUCAUUCUAAUGGCGAGGAAAAGCCCUACAAGUUUAAGCUUGGUUCUGAGAAAGUGAUGCGUGGAUGGAACCUUGGUAUUACUGGUAUGCGCGUUGGAGAGAAGAGGAGGCUAACCAUUCCCCCAUCCAUGUGCGACAAUGGUGGUAAAUCGGCUGUAGAAUUGCCCAAAGAUUCAACAAUCAUCUAUGAAGUGGAGUUGGUGAAAGUCCGGUGA